GUAAAAUGAUCACAAACAACGUGCUCACAGACGAAGGCAAGCCUCCAAUCGUGUUGCAGGCAAAUGGAAACAAACUCUAAUAUUUCUAACUCCAACAGCCAAAUCGACAACGGAGACAUUUUGGAAGAGCCGUACUGGGAUUGCAGCGUCUGUACCUACAAAAAUAAUCCUGAAUCCUUUAAGUGUCGAAUGUGCGACGUACGUAAAGGCACUUCAACUAGAAAACCUCGGCUCAACCAACAAAUUGUUGCCCAACAAGUAGUGCAAAAAUUUUCACCAGCUACUGUAAACGGAAAGAAACUGAACGGAAAGAAAAUGCCUCGAAAAAUAAGGCCACGUCUAAAGAAUGUUGACCGCAGCAGUGCACAAGAACUUUCGGUAACUGUUGGAAACAUCACAGUCACUAUAACAGACUAUAAACUGUUACCUGAUAAUACAUUAUCUGCAAUAUCAGACUCACUAUCUCAUUCAACAUCCAGUGAAUCACUUGAUAGUUCAGGUGUUUCUUCAGAACAGGUUGCAGAAUCUAAUGGUAGCAAGAGAAAUGGCACCAUGUCUUUAGAGACCUAGCAAUCAUUUACCUUUCCACAUUUGAUAAAAAAUGUAAAUAGUAAUUAUUUAUUGAUUUAUUUUUACACCAAGUCACCAAUA